CAACAAACACCUCACUAAGUUAUCCACCCACCAAAUUACCUCCCUCUCCUUCUCUCUCUCUCUCUCUAGAAACACAAACAAAAGGAACGAUAGAUGGUGAUGAGAGAGAAUCUGGCGGCAUCGAUGAACGCCAAGCUCGUCGGCUCGGGUAAGGAAACCCUAGUCCUCGCACACGGCUACGGCGGAGAGCAGUCGGCCUGGGACAAGGUCGUGCCUCUCCUCUCCGCCCGCCGCCGCGUCCUCCUCUUCGAUUGGUGCUUCUCCGGCGCCGCCAAAGAUCCAUCCCUCUACAAUCCAAACAACUACUCGAGCUACGAUGGAUUCGCGGAGGACCUAAUCUGCGUGAUGGAGGAGAUGAAAGUGACGUCAUGCGUGUUUGUAGGGCAUUCGAUGUCGGCGAUGGUUGGCUGUAUUGCUUCCUUGAAACGCCCCGACCUCUUCACCAGGCUCAUCCUUGUUGGAGCUUCUCCCAGGUAUCUAAACAUCGAAGACGAAGGCUACAAAGGAGGUUUUAAUUUAUCAGAUAUCGAAGAGAUGCUAGCAAGCAUUGAUGCAAAAUACGAGCAGUGGGCUCCGGCGUUUGCUUCGGUGGUGGUGGAUGCCUCCGACCCACUUUCCAUCGAAAAAUUCGCAGUUUCAUUGAAGAAAAUGGGCCCACAAACAGCUCUCUCUUUAGCCAAAACAGUGUUCCUUUCCGACCACAGGAGUGUUCUUGACAAAGUGGCGGUGCCUUGCAAUAUCAUCCAGACCAAAAACGACGUCGUUGUGCCAUUCACCGUCGUCGAAUACAUGCAGAGCGCCAUCAAGGCGGAGGGAGGGUGCGAGGUGGACAUCAUCGACACCGAGGGCCAUUUUCCUCAUCUCACUGCGCAUCUCCAAUUUGUUCAAGUUCUUGAUAGAAUUUUAGGGUGUUAAGUUAUGUUUCUUUUUUCUUUUUUUUUUUCUUUUGAGUUGAUGGUUAUAUGUGUUUGGUUUGGAAGUGAAAGUAUUGUGUUUGAAGAUUUGUGUGAUAGUUUCUGUAUAUGGACGAUUGAAAUGUUAAAUUUUCUUGUGUU